AUGGCCCUCCUCGUCCCAGCCAUCGGUCUUUCCCGACCUGUUCGACUGGCGGUAUUUGCUACUGUUGUCAUCUGUCUAGUCCUAUGGUGGCCUCUCUCGGGAACACGAGGCUUCAUCAACCUAAUCAGCACCAAGUCCGAUUUCAGAGCACAGCGAGCCGUACUGAGAUAUGUCGAUCCAUUAAUCGGAACUACCAACGGAGGUCAUGUGUUUCCUGGCGCAUCGCUACCAUAUGGAAUGGCCAAAGCCUGUGCAGACACGGACUCUAGAGCCGAGAAUGCGGCUGGCUGGGUAUCUGACAACUCCAAAAUUACCGGCUUCUCUCAUUUACAUGACUCUGGAACCGGAGGUUCACCUUCUCUAGGCAAUUUCCCUCUGUUCCCUCAUCCAGGGUGCCCGAAUGAUGAUUACAUGGCCUGCAACUUCACAACAGAAUCACGAAGCCUCUGGCGUGUAAAUGACUCUGUCGUGGCCCGUCCAGGCUACUUUGCGGUCAAUAUUUCCAACAAUGUUGGCGCCGAGAUGACGGCAGGGGAACGGACAACUCUCUUCCGCUUCAACUUCUCACCAAACGACACCGUAUCUUACGAAAACGCAGCGGACCUCAACGUGGUUGAAGUCGUGAGUAGUCCGUUGAUCCUCAUUGACCUCACGGACAUUGCCCAGAGCAGAUCGAGCGGAGGCAUUCAAGUGUACGAGUCUGGCCGUGUCGUUGGCGACGGCACCUUCAGACCCUCUUUCGGUCAGGGCAGCUAUAGGGCAUUCUUCUGCGCCGAUUUCCAGGGCGCUCCUAUUCGAAAAUCCGGCGUUUUCGAGGGGGACAACCCGCGCGUGACAGACAAAUAUCUAGCCGAGUUCACGCGUGGCAUUCACAACCCUACCGGUGCCGCUGGCGCAUGGCUACAGUUUGAGCGUCCCACGAACAACCAGAUCCUUGCCAGAGUCGGCCUGUCUUUUAUCUCUGUCAACAAAGCCUGCGAGAAUGCCGAGAGGGAUAUCCCCAAAUUCGACUUUGACGGCACUGUGCGUGCUGCGGAAUCAACUUGGGCUGAAAAGCUCUCAACGGUGGAUGUCAGCACGGAAGGCGUCAGUGAAGACAUGAAGACCGUAUUCUGGUCGGGUCUGUACCGAAGCCUGCUGUCACCGCAGAACUAUACUGGCGAGAACCCGUUAUGGGAAUCGUCCGAACCGUACUUUGACUCGUUCUACUGCAUCUGGGAUUCGUUCCGAGCGCAGCAUCCACUCCUAACCAUCAUAGACCCAGAAGCUCAGACGCAGAUGGUACGAACACUGCUAGAUAUCUUCAGAUUUGUUGGAAAACUUCCAGACUGCAGAAUGUCCUUUUGCAAGGGGUUUAGCCAAGGAGGCUCGAACGCGGACAUCGUGAUCGCAGAUGCAUACUUGAAGAACAUGACCAACGGGGUUGAUUGGAAGACCGCAUACGAGGCCGUGGUCUCUGAUGCCGAAGUGGCACCGCAGCACUAUGGCGUCGAAGGCCGCGGUAAUCUGCAAAGCUGGUUUGGCUUGGGAUAUAUCGCACAGGACCAUAUGGACAAAGUAUCGACCGGUCCACACAGCAGGUCUAUCUCUCGGACCGUCGAGUACGCCUACGACGAUUUUUGCAUCGCCGAGAUGGCCCAGGGACUCGGCCACAAGCAAGAUUUUGAGAAGUACAUGCAGCGCAGCGCAAACUGGCAGAACCUUUGGAAUCCGGCCCAAGAGGACAUUAUCCAAGACAAGGACAAGAAGGAGAUCGAGAGGACGAAGUACACAGGAUUCCUGAUGCCGAAGUUGAUGAAUGGCUCGUUUACGUACCAGAACACGCGUGUCUGCUCACCCAAUACCGAACAGCAUCUCUGCUACUUCGACACUGCCCAGGCGACAUACGAGGGCUCACCCUGGCUGUACUCGUUCUUCGCACCGCAAGACAUGGCAACUUUGAUCAAGCUGAUGGGAGGUCGGGAUGCGUUUGUCGACAGGCUCGAAUACUACCACAGCGGCAACAUUGUCUACAUGGGCAACGAACAGGCGUUCCUUACGGUGUUCCAAUUCCAUUAUGCGGGUAGACCCGGCCUCAGCUCGCGCACAACACGAAGCUACAUUCCUUCGCAGUUCAACGCCACGAUCAACGGCAUCCCUGGCAAUGAUGACUGUGCAAUGGGUGCUUUCAGUGCGCUUGCCAUGAUGGGGUUCUUCCCCGUCGCGGGGCAGGACGUGUACCUCGUCAUCCCGCCAUUCUUCCCCGAGGUGCGGCUUAAGAGCCGGGGUCCUAAGCCCGCUGUUAUCCGAAAGGUCGCAAAGGAUGACAAAGAACUUGCCGAGGGUAUCUACAUUCAGAGCGCCACUCUGAACGGAAAACCGUACACGAAGAAUUGGAUAAACCACGAGUUCUUCUACCAUGGCGGUGUGUUGGAGCUGACCGUCGGCACGAAGGAGAGUGAUUGGGGCACCAGAGAGGAAGAUGUGCCUCCCAGCUAUGCAGCGACACCAAAGACCAUAGCGCCAACUCGAACCCAAGGUUGA